AUGGCAACACGGCCACUCGCUUUCAGCGACUUCAUGCGCCGUUGUUUCAGGCCAUGCAGCGAGCGCGAUCCAUCCGAUAAAGCUCACUGUCCGAUAUGUACCGAGGAGUACGAUCGUGGUAUUCAUCAGGCGAUCCGCAUCGUAGUGCAGCCGCCCGCUCAGUGCAACCACGAGUUCUGUCGCCAUUGUCUCGAGAAGAUCUUCUCCCGUCGCAAAACCCAAGGAACCGCGAACCUUUGUCCGCUGUGUCGCACUAGAUGGUUUCAAGCAGAGUACCAGGACGUAUCGGCCCGCAAUCAGAGCUUGGAAAACCAGGCAAAUAAUGCGCCUCUCACCCAAGAUUCCGCGUCUCGACAACCUGCAACCUCGAAUGAAGAGCAUCUCAGAAGGCCUGUAACAGUACCACCCUCUCAGCGUGAGGCACGGCCAUACAUCCGCAAUAGUCGACCGUUUGCGCCUGUAGCUCGACCACAUGCGCCAUCAAGAUCACACCACGGUCAGAAACCUACGACUCAAUUCUCUGGGGGGUUUCCCUUCUCCGGGGGGGUUCCUUUCUCUGGCGGGUUUCCCUUCUUCGGGACGUUUCCCUUCUCCGAGGGGUCUCCCUUCGCUAAUGGGUUUCCCUUCUCCGGGACGUCUCCCUUUGGUCAGCAAGCUGCCCCAGUAACAAGCGCCCCAAACACGUCACAACAGCCGAACGGUAGGCCAACGAACAGACGGCCUGCGCCCGGAACAAGCGAUCAGCCUCCAAGUAAGAGAGGUAUUAUGGGUGGAAGUGGAUCAAGUAAGAAAGUACCGUCACCUCGUCCUAGAGAAGCCGAGCUUCAACGCCGUACAUCAGCCCUGGAUGCUCGUGAGAGAGAUCUAGCACAACGCGAACUACGCGUCGAGAGGGAUCGCCAAGAACUGCAGCGGCGACAACGGGAGUUUAACGCUAUGACUGAGCAUGCGCGAGCGUAUCGGCGUAAUCCAGACGCGAAUGUGUAG